AUGGCGAAGAAGGAGGCGAAGUCGGCUGUUUCGACGGCAAAAUCGAUAGCUUUCGAACGCCUCUAUGCUGAACUAGAAGAAAAAGCCAUUUUUUACCUCACUAGCCCCCCAUCUUCUCCAAGAUUGGUAGUAUUUUCUUUGGAAAUUACUAAAACCAUCUCUAAUCUAUUUACUCCAGAGACCAUCUUUACAUUAUUAUUGCCUACAAGAAACCUCAGCCGCCUUUAUUUUGCAGUUGUGCUGUGUUUACUGUUGCUGUUGCAAUUCCACCUAAUUUCUGCUUCUCGACUGCUGGGACUUAAAGAAGCUUGUGGAAUUUACCGAGUUGACUAUUCAGAUGAUCUAAAUCGCCAAGUAUUUUAUGUAAAUGGCAUAUUAGUAGAUAAAGAUUUGUUCUGCAACGCCUUCAAAUUUGAUCGUGCAGAGCAUUGUGUUAUCCAAAAUGUUGGGUUUCAAUAUUGUGGAUUGGACUUAUUGAUUGAUGAUUUGCAUUUCAAGUCUGGAAGAAAAUUUAUACAGAAGGUGGUCAGACAAGGAUCCAACGGAAACAAUUUCGAUGAUACAUCACGGGAGGACAAGGAACAGCAUGCUGAUGAUUUUUCAGUAACCCCCAAAAAGUUGGUCAUGGCAGUACCAGCAUUUUUUAUUCUAUGCUGUGGCUUAAUUUGCCCCUGUUUUCGGACGAGGAAGAGGGAAACGGACCAAUCUGCUCUUGUGAAGGAUCCUAAUUCAAUGGACUCUACUUCCUCUUUGGAGAUGAAUUUUGUUCCUGAAAAGGCACCAGGCAGUCCUGUACGAGUGCCAGCUAGUCCACUUCGAGUGCCUCCUAGUCCCUCUAGAUUUAGCAUGUCUCCCAAACUCAAUAGAAUUGGCUCCAUUCACCUCAACAUGAAUCAGGCUCUCAAAGCUACCCAUAAUUUCUCUUCAUCCCUAAAAAUUGGAGAGGGAGGGUUUGGAAUGGUCUACAAAGCUCAACUACCAGAUGGCCAAACAGUUGCCAUUAAACGCGCAAAGAAGGAGCAUUUUGAUGCUUUGAGCAAUGAAUUUAGGAGUGAAGUUGAGCUUUUGGCAAAAAUUGAGCACCGGAGCUUAGUUAGGCUUCUUGGUUUUGUUGAUAAGGGAAAUGAACGCCUCAUCAUUACGGAGUAUGUAGCUAAUGGUACACUACGAGAACAUCUAGAUGGUGGACGUGGAAAAAUCUUAGAUUUCAGUCAACGACUUGAAAUUGCAAUUGAUAUUACUCAUGGCCUAACUUACCUCCAUCUAUAUGCUGAAAAGCAAAUUAUCCAUAGAGAUGUGAAGUCAUCAAACAUUCUCCUGACAGAGAGCAUGCGUGCCAAAGUUGCAGAUUUUGGUUUUGCCAGGCUGGGAGGCUCAGAUGCCGAUAAAACACACGUUUCAACCCAAGUGAAAGGCACAGUUGGUUACCUUGACCCUGAGUACAUGAAAACAUAUCAACUCACACCAAAAAGUGAUGUCUACUCAUUUGGGGUUUUGUUAUUAGAAAUCCUAACGGGCCGUCGUCCUGUGGAGCUUAGAAGACCUCCUGAUGAGAGGGUGACACUAAGAUGGGUUUUCAGGAAGUACAACGAAGGUAGCAUAUUGGAGAUGUUGGACCCUCAAAUGAAAGAAUCCGUAAAUGGGGAGAUACUAGUGAAAAUGUUUGGUUUGGCCAUCCAGUGUGCAGCACCUACACGAAAAGAUCGUCCUGAUAUGAAGAUCGUUGGGGAGCAGCUUUGGGCGAUUAGAAUGGAUUAUUUGAGGAACGGAAGGAGACAGUAAUAUACUGCUGAUAUACUGUGCAUAUACAGUCUUCCGCCAAUUGACAGAAAUGAUGACAGCUUGAAUUCGAGAGCGGUCCAUCAAAGUUUAUGUCUCCUAGAAAAAGGAAAAAGAUUCAAAGAUGCUCAAUCUUCCACUUAUUGUUUGUAUUUUAUUGUAUAUGUGAGCAGUUAAAAGAUACUUCUUUUCUUGAUGUUGAUUCAUUGAGUUACGAGUGAGUAAAUAGGAAAAGACGCCUUUUUUUAAUUCGACAAAUGAAAAAUCCCCGAUUGCCAGUGGCACACGGUUUGAAAUAUUGUGGAUAUUUCGCCCGU